GGCCCCAAGCCAGGCAAGAAAACUAAAGGCAGGGUGAAGAUUAAAAUGGAAUUUAUUGAAAAUAAAUUAAGAAGAUACACAACUUUUAGUAAAAGGAAAACUGGCAUUAUGAAAAAGGCAUAUGAAUUGUCAACUUUGACUGGAACUCAAGUGAUGUUAUUGGUAGCAAGUGAGACAGGACAUGUUUAUACUUUUGCUACACGAAAACUACAACCAAUGAUAACUUCUGAAAGUGGCAAAGCAUUAAUUCAGACAUGUUUGAAUUCUCCUGAGGCACCACCAGGAUCACAAAUGUCAAUGGAACAACGA